AUGCAGAGGGCGGGCAGGUUGGUGGGGCCCCUGAGGGCCCUGGGGCCCCUGGGGGGACAGGUGGUCCUCAGGGGGGCCCCUGCCCCCCCUGCAGGACUGUGGGGGGUCAGGACUCUGGCAGCUGGGGGGGGCCCUGGUCCUGGGGGGGCCCCGGGUCCAGCAGGUCCAGAUCUGGGGGCCCCAGGUCCAGAUUCCUGGUACAGCGGUCUGGCGGACUCGGCCCCCGUCCACGUGUGUGAGGACUUCCUGUCGGGGCUGCAGCAGCUGACCGGGCUGCCCUGGUGGCUGAGCAUCGUGGGGGCCACGGUGUCGGUGCGGACCCUCGUCACGCUGCCCCUGGCCGCCUACCAGCUGCUGGUCCUGGCCAAGGUGGAGGCGCUGCAGGCCGAGAUCUCAGAACUGGCCAAGAGGCUUCGAUACGAAGUUUCAGUCCGAUCUCAGGAGAGAGGCUGGACGGAGAAACAGAGCCGGUUCCAGUUCCAGAAGAACCUGCGCCGGCUCGUGUCCCAGCUCUACGUCCGGGACAACUGCCACCCCUUCAAGGCCAGUCUGCUGGUUCUGGUCCAGUUACCGGUCUGGGUCGGGUUCUCCCUGGCGCUGCGGAACCUGAGCUCCGAUCAGUCAGACCUGCAGGCGGCGCUGGCGGAGGGCGGAGUUCUCUGGUUCUCUAACCUGGUGGUUCCGGACUCCACCUGGAUCCUGCCGGUCUGUCUGGGCCUCACCAACCUGCUGAUCGUGGAGGUGGUCUCCCUCCAGAGGGGGUCCCAGGUCCAGACCUCGGGGUCCCGGGUCCAGACCCGGGUCCAGAACCUGGUGCUGAACGGGAUCCGAGGGUUUUCUCUGCUGAUGAUUCCCAUCGCGGCGACUGUUCCCUCCUCCAUGGUCCUGUACUGGUUCUGCUCCAGUCUGGUCGGGUUCAGCCAGAACCUGCUGCUCCGGUCCAGAACCGUCCACCGGAUCCUGGACCUGCCGGUCCAGAGAUCCCCGACCCCGUACCGGGACCUGCUGACGGCCGCCCGGGUCAAGUACCGGAGGUAGAACUGGACCUGGACCUGGAUCUGGACCUGGACCUGGACCUGGACCUGGUCCUGGUCCUGGACCUGGUCCUGGACCUGGUCCUGG